AUGGAGGACCCUGAGAAGAGGCUGAACCAGAAGGGUGACAGCAAACCCCGGAAAGUACGAUUUAAAAUCUCUUCCUCCUACAGUGGCCGAGUAUUGAAGCAAGUCUUUGAAGAUGGGCAGGAAUUAGAGUUGCCAAAGGAAGAAUACCCUCACAGUUUUCUCCAAGAGUCCCUUGAACCAAUGGAUGGUGUUUAUGGGUCAGGGGAAGCCCCCAAACCCCGACCAAACUCCCCUAAGCUGACUGCUCAAAGGAUCAGUGUGUUUAGAGAAGGCGAUGCCUACACUUUGGCGGGCAGCCAGCCUUUCUUCAAUGAUUACAAGGCGAAUGACCGUAAGUCCCCACCUAUUAUAGAUUUUGGAAAGAUAAUCAUCUACACAAAUAACCUGAAAAUCAUUCGAACACCAAUGGACAAGAGAGACUUCCUGAAGAAAAUUCUUCAGAAAGAGGAGGCUGAGGAAGAGUCUCUGAUGAGCAAAGAUGAAAUCUAUGGAAACAGCAGCCAGAAUCAUGGGCCUCUGCCAGAGACGGAAAGCACAUUUCCUCAUAACCAGUACCCACAGGAAGGGGAGCUUCCUGAGGACAACUGUUUUCACUGCCAAGGGUCGGGCAGUGCCACUUGCUCUCUAUGCCACGGCAGCAAGUUCUCGAUGCUGGCCAACAGAUUUAAGGAGUCCUAUCGGGCCCUGCGGUGCCCUGCCUGCAAUGAGAAUGGCCUGCAGCCUUGCCAGAUUUGCAAUCAAUAG